AUGCUGUUUUUGAGCAGAUUUCAGAUCAACAACCCAACCGCCGAGCGUGGUGAGCACCGCCCCGGGCACCGGGGAGGGCACCUGGCCACCGCCAUGGCUCCUGAGGAGCUCGUUGGCUCGGCCGACUACGAUUACUCACCAGUGACCAACGUGACGGGGAACUGGGAGGUCUCCUCCAGGUGGGAGGUCUUCUUCACCUCCGUCUUCAUCCCCAUCUUCUACUCCUUCAUCUUCCUCCUCGGCCUUGUGGGGAACCUCUUCGUCAUCGUGCUGAUGGCCAAGAAGGGCAGGGGCAAGAGGAUGGUGGACACCUUCGUGCUGAACCUGGCGGUGGCCGAUGUCAUCUUCGUCUGCACCUUGCCCUUCUGGGUGGCGGCAGGAGCCCGGGGGAACCGCUGGCUGCUCGGCGAAGGGCUCUGCAAGGUGAGCAGCUACGCCAUUGCCGUCAACCGCUGCUCCAGCAUCCUCUUCCUCACCGCCCUCAGCGUGGAGCGCUACCUGGUCAUCAGGAAGAUGCUGGACACCAAGAUGAUGGGUUCCCGGAGGCACGUCCGCGUCACCUGCGGCAUCAUCUGGGCAGCGUCCCUCCUCCUGGGCGCCCCGUCCCUGGCGUACCGGCGGCUGGAUGGGGACGACUGCUGGGAUGAAGAUGGAGAGGACUUCAGCCUGGUCAUGGUCUUCCUCACCUUCCUCCUGCCCUUGGGGGUCAUCUCCUUCUGCUACUGCUCCAUCUACUGCCGGCUCCAGCGUCAUGUCCGGCUGGGCAGGGGCGUCCGGCGUUCCCACCGCGCCAUCGUCACCAUCGUCGCAGCCUUCCUCUGCUCCUGGUUGCCCCUCAACACCUGCAAGGUGCUGCUCUUCUUCCUCGCCAAGGGGACGCUGGUCCUGUCCCAGGGGCAGGAGGUGGCCCUGAGGUGGGUGGUGGCCGGCAGCACCUGCCUGGCCUUCGUUAACAGCUGCAUCAACCCCCUCAUCUACGCCCUGAUGGACGGACGCUGCCGUCCCCGAUGUCCCUUCGGUCCCCGUGCACCGGGGACGGGUCCCGGUGCAGCCACCCCCUCCUCCGCCACCGACUCCAGCCUCCUCUUCGGUAGCCGAAUCCGGACCAGGACCCUCCCCGGCGCGGGAGUGGGCCCGAGCUCCGGCCGGCACCGGGGGUCCCACGGGGCCACCCCGGGGUGA